AUGAGUGAAACCGACGGGAUCCACAUAGAGUACGCAGAUGAGCAAGAAUUGGUUCGAGAGUUUCGACGGUUUAUGAGUGAUCCUGAAACUAGAGAAAAAGCUGCCAAUUAUCUUUACGAAUCACUGGUGGACGAAACAAUCCUAGGGAUCGCGUACGAGGUGCACCAUGCCUUCAAGACCGGCUCCGGUGCGGCAGUGGAAGGUGAACCCGAGGACAGUAAACCGUAUACAAUCGUCGAUCAACCCGAUAUGGACGUGUUCGGUUCGUCCAACACUAAAAAAGCUAUAGACUGCCACUGUCCGAACUGCAAUCGUAUCGUAGCCGCGUCCAGAUUUGCACCCCAUCUGGAGAAGUGCAUGGGUAUGGGUAGAAAUUCGUCACGCAUUGCGAGUAGACGUAUCGCGAAUACACGUGACGUAGGUACCGGCAAUUAUUUCGGCGGGGAUGAGGAUGACGAAGACGACGCGGACUGGUCCGGUGAGAAGAGAAAAAAGAAGAUCUCCCAAGUGCGUACUAAUGGGAGCAAGAAAAAUGGCAAAACCUCAUGAAAGUAGGUGCGCGUAUGGGGU